AUGCUGCCCCGAAUAGCCCCCAAAACUCCCCAACUUCUCCGACCGCACAUUCGGACACUUACCGCCUCCACAAAUGCCCUAAAUAACCGUAUUUAUGACCCUGUCCGCAAUGAUCACGACUUCCACACGCUUCUCCGCCUCACCACUACUACAUCCAUCCCCCUACUGACCCUCUGGACAACCUCCUACUGCUCCAGCUGCCGUGCAGUCAAGCCAUUGCUCUCCGAGAUCCUAGAGCGCCGUAAUGUCGGUGUCGGGUUUGCGGAGAUGGAGUUGGAUGCGCCAGGGAUGAUGGACGUGGGGAUGCGGUACACUGUUAAUAAGGUACCAACCCUGUUGGUAUUUAGUCGGGGUGAAGUAAAGGAGAGAGUUGUAGACGGAAAAGUUUUGGCGGAUCGGGCGGCGAUGGAGGCUUUGGUAGAGAGGGUGGCGAGUGAGAGAGAAGUAGGAAGAGGAUGGUUUACUGGUGUUUUUGGUGGGUAG